GCCUGCCUGCUCCCCCCUCCCUGCCAAGGUGGGAACUCUGCCUGCCUUCCUGCCCGCCCCGGCCGAGGUGGGAGCCCUGCCUGCCCGUGCAGCGGGCUCGCUGUCAGCCGUGCGGCGGGGCUCGCCACGCGGGCUCCUUUAAAUUGAGGGCGUUUCGCGUGUCUCGCCGGCUGCUCUCGAGUUUAAAGAGAAAGGGGCCGCAGCGGAGCGGGAAGGUGAUUUUUGCCCGGCGGCUCUUCGGUGGGGAGGGACGACAAGAUAAGCCAUGUGCACUGCCCUGAGCCCCAAGGCACGUGGGCCUGGUCUCUCUGACAUGCACCAGUACAGUCAGUGGCUUGCAAGUAGACACGAGGCCAACUUGCUGCCAAUGAAAGAGGAUUUGGCCCUCUGGCUCACAAACCUACUGGGUAGAGAAAUAACAGCAGAAACCUUUAUGGAGAAAUUGGAUAAUGGUGCCUUGCUUUGCCGGUUAGCUGAGACCCUGCAGGAGAAAUUUAAAGAAAACAGCUUUGAUGCAAACAAGCCUGGCAAAACCUUACCAGUUCGGAAAAUUCCAUGCAAAGCCAAUGCUCCUUCAGGAUCUUUUUUUGCACGGGACAACACAGCAAAUUUCUUAUCCUGGUGCAGAGAUGUAGGUGUGGAUGAUACCUGCCUGUUUGAAUCAGAAGGUUUGGGAAGCAAACAUUCAGCAAAGGAUUUGGAACCAAUGAAUAUUCUGCAUCUCUUCUGUGAUAAAGUCUACCCAGCAAGAAAAGGGUUUGCCACUGAGUGUGUCAGCAUGCUGAUAUGUAUGGUAUUUUUUCUUCAUGACUUUGUGUUAGUACUCCACAAGCAGCCAAGAGAAGUGUGCCUUUGUUUGCUGGAACUUGGAAGAAUUGCAGCAAGGUGUGGGGUGGAACCUCCUGGAUUAAUAAAAUUGGAAAAAGAGAUUGAACAAGAGGAAACACUUUCAGCUCCCCUUCCAUCUCCUUCACCAUCACCCACAAAGUCUCCCGGGAAAAAGAGUACAGGGAAACUCUUGGAUGAUGCUGUUAAACACAUUUCUGAAGAUCCACCUUGUAAAUGCCCUAAUAAGUUCUGUGUGGAGCGUCUUUCACAGGGAAGAUACAGAGUUGGAGAGAAGAUCCUUUUUAUUAGGACACCUACAGUAAUUCUCAACUUAAGACUGUAAAAGACCUGGGGAAAGGCAUGUCUGAAGUCCAGCCCUAUUUUGUGCCCAGAUACGAGUUGGUUUUGGAGACCUUUCAGCUGGACACUUCUUUACUUUGUGCCAAUUCCUCUCCAACAGCUUUACAAUCACAGAAAAGAUGACAUUUCAGUCUCGUGCUACUGAAGGUGGAAUUCUUCUCCGCCUUCUCAGGUUUCAUUUAUUGUUAAAAAAAAAAAAAAAAAAAGUCCUUAAAGGGCCAGUAAAAUUCACUGCACAGGACUCAAAAGCUCUUGGACAAACAGUGAUACUGAACGUGUUAGUGGGGUGGCUGGAAUUGAGUGCUGCCUACAGAACUGUCAGGAAAUCCAUUUUAUUCUACACUCUACCAUUAAUCUUUUGACAUUAGGCAGAACCCUGCCCUGCUCCACCUUAAGUUGCAGCUUGCUUGUUCUUUUAGUUACCCUUUCUCUCCUGCCUCUCCCUUUAUUCUUUAUUUUUUUUCCCCUUCCUGCCUGCAGCUUUUCUUAUUUAGGCCUAGAUGCCUCCAUGGAGACAGAAGCCCAUGGACAUCUCUCUCUUCACUUUGUACCUGAUGAUGCUGGUUUUGCACUCAGUAAAAAAGCAGCUACAGCUCCCCUAUCUGGUCCUUUCAAGAACUGAGAUUUCUAGUUAAAUAGUUGACUGACUUUCAUUGAGUAUAAAGUAUGAGAAAUUAAAUACAUAUUUUUUGCCCCUCUUGAUUUAAUUUUCUACCUUUUUUCACUGAUGUACUGCAUUUGUGCAGCCAUUCAUGUUAAUUUAGUGUCUAGAACUUUGAAAGGGUUCAUUAGAAACUUCUUUACAAAAAAACCCUUUGUAAGUCAAAUGAUUAGCUCCUAAUUUAAUGGAAAACUGUUGAAGUUACUCCAUUUUACUUUCACCCAAUGAAGUUCUUGUUAGACUUGGUGGAAAUUUUUUUACAGAAUAUGUCUUUGACGCAAUAUUCAGAUUCAGUGGAACUGACAGGCUGUGCAAUAGCUCUGCAAUUUUUCUCACUAGCUUAGACUUGUUUGCUUCAGUGACCUCCUUCUGUGGACAAUCAAAUACUGUGUUUUCUUUAAUUCCAAGUGUCUCCCUCUAUUCAUUAUUGCACAAUGAAAACUCCAUUUGGAGAUAAGAAAAAUUUUUAGCAAAUCAUAUUGGCUUUUUUAGGGUGUAAUGCAUCUUCAAGAAGAGUAACAUUCUAGUUCUUGGAAAAUUACCUGUGGUAAUUUUCUGCCUUAGUAUUUAUAAUUCAGGCUUCUAGAUCUGAAGUUAUAACAGUAUUACAUUAUCUGAAAUUAGUAGAAUGAGAAUUCUUCUCAGGAGGAGGCUAGGAUAGAAUAUUCUGAAGCUUUGUGUCUAAAAGUAUCACCCUAAAAUUCAGCUGUUUUCCUUAGCAAGAGCUAAAGAUGGCAAAGCAAGACAUUCCCCAGGUGUAAUGGGGAGUUUCCUUUUCUGGCAAGAAUAAACUAGGGUAAAAUUACCCUGCACAACAGCACCAGAAGUAUUUUCUGUGUGGUAAUUAAUUAUACAAAAAACAUUGUCAAUACUUUAAAGAUAAAUAAAGAUGAGUAACAAAGCUGGGAAAAUAUGCAGUAUUUAUCUCAUUAUUUUAGACUUUUUUCCCCCCUCAAUACCGAGAAUACAAAAAUAGACCAAGUUAUAUAACUUCCCUCUUCUCCUUUUUUUGUGCUUCUCUUACUCCUUUUAUAUUACAGGUAAUGGACCAGCAUCUCCACAGCUAAGAACCCAUGUAGACUGCUAAUCAAAUCCACCACUAAUCUACAGACAAGAAUUUUCAAAACAAAAAGCCUUUAUUUAUAGUGUGUUGUUGAGAACUAAGGAUUGGAUCCUAUAAGUUUAUACUGAAAAUAUUAGUGGGGAAAAGUAUUUCCUUUCUCUCAGUUAUUACUUUGUGUUUCUGUUGAAUAGAUAAAUCAUUUUAUAAGAAUCCAUUUGACAUUUACUAGACAAUACUAUAUUCUGCAUUUAUGAUGGGACAGCAGCAUGUGCUCGCAGUUUAGAAGACAGUUUAUUAAACCUGAUGCUUUAGAAAUGGAGAUGCUGCUAUUUGUGGUGUUGCUUUUAAAGGGUAGCACUGAGCUUUACAUUUCUUCUGUAAGCUUUUUCUUUGGUGAGUUGACUAGGUAUGACACUAAUGGAAGUACAUUUAACAGAGUCAAGGUAAGUAUAUCUGUCUUUUAUAGAAGAAUGCUAAAAUAUUUGUAUGGUGAAUUUAGGUUAAUAUUCUUCACUGUAGGUUUAGAUAAUUACUAUACAAUGCUAAUUGAAAAGGAAAAAGUCCCACCUGAUUCUUUAUGAUAUACAGUGUGUACAGUAUACUUUUCUACUGUAAACAUAACUCCUGCUGCCAUCUGGAGAGAAGAAAAAAUGUGGCUUAUGGCUUAUGUGGUGGCAUCUGUUAACCAAAGCUUCUGCGCUGUUCAUAAGGGAUUGUCAUUGGAGGUUUAGGAUUCAGGCAUGGAAAUGCAUUGACUAUCUAUUGCCAUAUUCCUUAGCUUUAGUGUAAUACUCUUAGAGAAAUCUUAGCCUACAUGGGAAUUUCCCAUUGGCUUUAUAUCUUGACUCGGGAAUUAUGGUUCUGCCUAGAACUGGGCUGGCCACGAUUUAACAUAAAGUGGUAUGUGGGCUUUUAAAAUAUUUAAUACAAUGUGGUUUUACCUUUCUAUUCCUAAAACCGGGAGGAAGUUAGAGUGUGUUCUUAAAAAUAUUUUAUUUCUUUGUCAUUCUCUUGUCAGUGUGAAAGCAAGUUUUUUCCUCUCGUUAUAUUCAGUUACACUUUGUAAGUAUUCGUGUUGUUCACCAAAAACUGUAUCUGCUAUAUUUCAUGUUUAAACUCCACCUCUGGCAAUAUGCAUAUAAAGGUAUAAAGUACUUUUUACAAUAUGUCAACACAGCAGGAUUUUAUCCCAUGUGUUUAUUGAUGACUUUGUCCUCUCUGACACCUUCUAGUUCUGACCAGAGGAAAAGUAAUCAAUAUUUCCAAAUCCUUUCUCAUGUUGAAAUACAGAACGUAUUUUAAUGAGAAUAGUGAUGAUUUGCAUGGCAGAGAGUUUAUCAACUAGUCUGUUCCAGCAGGAUUUUGUCUUUGCUAGCAGAAGCUGUCACAUGCCCAUUCUUUCUAGAGAGAUGGGAGAAGUUGAAUUUUUAUUUUUGGUUUUUAUUCUCUU